AUGCAAGCAGGUUGCCUGCUUUUGCAAGCAGCUACAAUUGUCGUCACAAGCCAAAAUGGCCAAUGUCAUGAGCCAUUUUGGCCUGUCACACGGGCCGAGCUGGCUUCGGCUCAUACCAUUCUUUGCUGGGGAACUGAGCUGUUAACUCCGGCGAAGCCUUCAGCUGCAGCUGGGAACGGUCAGAUCAUCUACCAUGAUCAGCAUAAGCCUCUGACUGUCCAACAGCUAUCAGGCGGCACCUCCCCUUCGAAUCCAUGUUGGAAACUUGUAUUUUGCGGUGACCUCAAAGAUGUUGCCGAAGAUAUUGUAUUGGAUGAAGCGACCGCCGUAGCUCAGCAUCGCCGUCGGGAUGUGCUCGAUCAGCGACUGCAAUUGCUGUUGCUACUGCUCCUCCGACAUAUCAGUGUCCGCUGGCUGAGCUCCACCUUCCAUUUCCCAAGUUUGCUUUGA